CCCGAAGAAAAAGGACGCUAGACUCCCGAGGUCUAAACCCCGGCCCGACCCAACAACAACAUUAAUUCAUCUGCAAUUACUCCGGUCACUUACUUUCCACAUCAUCACCCCAUCUCUUCCACAACCCUCAUCAUUCACUCAAAUCCACCACGACAUCCCCACAACCUCCUCCUCCUCCUCCGUCAGCGAGCAUCUCCAGGUUCCUCCAACCUCAGACCAACCUUACCCACAACCACAACCACAACAACACCACCACCACCACCAAAAUGUCCAACGCAACCGCCCAACGCAUAAUAACCCACAUGAACACCGACCACCAAGACACCCUCACCCGCUUCCUCGAACACCACCACUCCCUCCCCUCCCACCUCGCCCGCACCGCAACCCUCACCUCCCUCACCCCCACAACCCUCACCAUAACCACCACCUCUCCCCCAAAACAAUACACCAUCCCCCUAACCCCACCCCUCCACCCAUCCCUCACCGACGCCCGCACCCGCCUCACAGAAAUGGACACCGCCAGCCUCGCCCACCUCCACAACCACACCCCCAUAACCCUAAAAACCUACAUCCCCCCAACCCGCAAACACAUCCUCAUCCUCGCCCUCGUCGCCCUCGGCCUCUUCAGCUUCACCUACCCGGCGCAAUUCCACCCCUCACACCCACUCUACACGCUCAUCUGGCGCCACACGCCCAACCUGGCCGCGACGCUGAGUAAAGAGCGGAACGCGCGUGUGGGACUGGGGCUGAUGGUGGGCAUUCAUGCGGCGGAGUGUGUGUUGAUGCAUUUUCGGAAGCUGAGGGUGCUGGGGGUGGAGACGGGGAGUUGGGUGUGGUGGGCGUGGAUGGGGUCGACGUUUGCGGAGGGGUUGGGGUGUUUUGAGCGGAUUAAUGGGUUUGUGAAGGGGGAGGUGGCGGCGAGGAGGGAGGGGAAGGGGAAGGGGGGGAAGGAGCUUUGAGGGGUGUGAGGUGGGUGUGAGGAGGGGAAGAGGAGGGGAGAGGAGAAUAAGAGAGAGAGAGAGAGAGAGAGAGAGAGAGAAAGGAUAUCAUCGAGUCUACUUGCCAGGACGCAGAAGGGGU